GUGCACAGGACUGAGUCCUGAGGUAAUGCAGGCAUCUCGAGGUCACCUGGCCCUAGGGCUGGGUAAGGCUACUGGGCAGCCUGAGUCCAUGGAUCCUGAUGGUGGUUGAAAGGCUCUCAACAAACCUUAAUUUUUCCACAGAUUCCUGCAAAUGCAGAAUCACUUAGGGGUACUGGUUUGUGGAACUUAUUUUAGGGCCUCCCACUCUUAUAACCUAAGCAAUAGUAGUCUCCUGGGACAGUCCUCUCCUUAGACCUGAGGACCUCAAUCAGACACCAAGCCCAAAAUGUUUAGUCCAGGUCCCUGUUUGGGGCACAAGUGGAAUGAAAAGUUGUAGGUCCUCCCAGGCAUAGGUCCCAUAAUGUGCCAUGGCUUGGAGUUAAGAUUGAGCUGGUUUCAGAACCGGCAGGUAUUCUUUCUAAAAAAACAAAUGGGAACAGGUAACAAUGGGACAGAAGUCAGGUCUAGAGGAACUUUGUGACAACUUGGGUGUCUGUUUUGCAUGUUAUGGGAGCAAUGGGAGAUUUGGAGCAGUGGAGGCAGGUGAUGUGACCAAGGUCUCCUUAGAUGUGUGGCUGCAGCAUAAUGGACAAUAUGGGCGUGAGGGAGGUAGUAGAAAUAGUAGGACGAUAGUCUUAGUGAGGGUGAUGGGAACUGGCCCAUGAUGGUGACUGUGGAAGUGGAAGAAACAGUUGCAUUAUGGAUUGGUGUUUUAGGUGUGGCCACCUAAAUAUUCUAAUUUUCAGGAUGUGAGAGAGAGAGAGAGAUAAGAGUCAGAGAAGUCGUGACAUUUUGGAUUUAGCAGCUGCAGGUGUGGAAGCACCAUCCACUGAGAUGGAGAAAAUCAUAGUAAAAAAGUAAUAUUCAUUGGGAAUACAAACACUUUUCUUUUUAGCCUGUUAGAGUCUGAGAUUUCAGAGAGCAGUUCAUGAGUAUCUCCAGCUCUGAGGGGUAGUUUACGAUGAAGACUUCUUCAAAAGCUUGUGGAGAAUUAUGGACCAGUAGGAGUUUAGAUGAUUUUUUAAAAUUGGAGGCUGAAGAGUAAUUCAAACAAGUUGAGACUGUGGCUGGUGCAUACUUACUUCUAAAACAUCCACCAGGAACUUUUUGUGCCAUUGGGUGUGGCCUGAGGUGUUGCAGUCAGUCUGGUUGAUUUGCUUAGGGCCAUGAGGGGUCAUCUGUGAGACUCACUGGUCAUUGGGUAGAGGCCAAUAGGUGAUGGGACUUGAGUGAUGAAGCCUGUGACUGGUGAAGGGAAGUCAGGUGCAGCACCAGUGGAGGUGGGCUAUGCUCAUCUGAAAUGUGAUGUGGUUCUCAGUAGGUGAGGUUGAAGGAAUAAACAUUCAGGGAGGGAGGUCUUAGCAGGUUCAAGACUGUUGCUAUGACUGUGGACUGUCAGAGUUGAUGGAACCCUUGAUCUUCUUUGAAUUUGCCAAGCAUUCUCUGGAACACACAUGCUAAGUACUGAGUAGAAAACCCAGGAGAUGGCUAUGGGGGCUGUGUCUCUGGGAGUUCAGGAAUGAGAGAGGUGUAGUAAGGAAGAGUGAUUGCACUUGGAGAGGGAGUGUGAAUUCAUGGCAGCAGGGCACCAAUAUUGACAUAUGAGUGAAUGAAAAGGGCAUCCAUUUCUGAUGGUGUCUUUAUGAUUUAAUACUGGGAAUUUUAGGGUAAUAUGAUUAAAUAUGAUUUAAUACGGGGAAUUCCUAACAAGAUGGGUUGCUGUGGUGCUACAUGCCAUUGCCAGGGUUUAGGGGCUGUAUAUCUCCCCACCUGCCAUUUCUUGUUGAGGGCUGACCCAGUGAACAAUAGGAAUGAGAGAGCAUACAUCAGUGUCACUUGCACUUGAAAAUCUCCACCAGCAUGGGGAAAUGAGAAGAGAGAAGAAUCAGAGGGAAAUAUAUUAUAGAGGCGGUGAACUAGAAUUUUGAAAAAGAAGCUGAUUAGGAAACACCUUGUCCUUGUCAUGGCUUACUUGUGUUCCCAGUGAAGUUGUGCCUUGAGAAUGAAGCUGUGAGACAAGUGUGGAUCAAAGAACUAUGGGCAGCAGGAUAUGAACUUUGAAGACAUGGCCAUUGCCUUCUCUCAGGAGGAAUGGGAGAUCCUUGAUGAGUCUCAGAGACGUCUGUACUGCAAUGUGAUGCUGGAAGUGUUUGCAUUUGUAUCAUUCGUAGGUCAUUGGCAUAAGAUGGAUGAUGUGGAGGCCUAUUCUGAGCACAGUGUAUCUGUAGGAGAGUCUCAGGUGAGGGCUUCCAAGACAGCUGCAGCCACCCAGAGGACCCAUCUGUGUAAGCCGUGCUUUUCAGUGUUAAAAGAUAUUUUGCACCUGACUGAGUUACAAGUGGUUUACUUUGAGAAGAAUGUGUUCUUAAGUGAUGCGUGUGUGAGAGACUUGUGUUCCAGUGCAGACCCUCACCAGCAACAGCAGAAUGCCAGUGGAGAGAAGCCCUGGAAAGAAGAUAUGCAGAGGUCCUCGCUUGGGACCAGUUGCUGCUUCUACUUAUCUGGGGUGCCUGCAGCUAGGACGGAGGUUGGGGAAGACUCCCCAGCCAUCUCAGGCCUUAUCCAGCACCAGGCCACUCUUAACACCAAGGAGCCACACAGUAACAAUGAGAUUUCACAGGAAUGUCUCAGUGGAAAAAGAUAUCACCAGUGGGUUGAAUGUGAAACAUCUGCAAGCCAGAAACAGAAAGUUGCUUAUGAGAAAGGUCUCUGCUCUGGAGAUAUGAUUUAUGAGUCUAAUACAUGUGGGAAAGUGUUUAGACAAAUGUUUAACCACCCUCAACAUGGGAGAGUUCACACUGGAGAAAAGCCCUAUGAGUGUACUGAUUGUGGGAAGGUCUUCAGUGAAAGCACUGCUCUAAUUAAACACAACAGAAUUCACAUUAGAGAAAAGCGGUAUAAGUGUAGUGAUUGUGGGAAGUUCUUCAGUUACAUGUCCAACUUCGCCAGACACUGCAGAGUUCACACUGGAGAAAAGCCAUUUGGGUGUAGCAAAUGUGGUAAGCAUUUCAGACAAAGGACUGACCUUAUUAUACACCACAGAGUUCACUCUGGAGAAAAGCCAUAUGAAUGUAGUGAUUGUGGGAAGUCCUUUCGUCAAAGGGCUCACCUCGCUAAACACCACAGAGUUCACACUAGAGAAAAGAUUAUGAGUGUAGUGAAUGUGAAAAGUCCUUCAGUCAAAGAACUGACCUCAUCACACACUACAGAGUUCACACUGGAGAACAGCCGUAUGAAUGUAGUGAUUGUGGGAAAUCCUUUAGUAAAAGUGAUAGCCUCAGGAAACACAAGAGAGUUCACACUGGUGAAUGUAGUUAGUGUAGUGAAUGUGGGAAAUGUUUAGCUACAAACAUAACCUGGUUAGACACCUGAGAGUUCACAUUGGAGAAAAGCCGUAAACGUGCAGGGAAUGUUUCCUUUUUCUCACUUAGAAUAAGAACACUUGAGGAGACUCCAUGGGACCCAUUUAAAUUAAUGUAAACCCCAUUUAUUAAUGUAAACCCCUUGGGGUCCCCUAUCAGGUUCAUGGAUGGAUGAAGUGAAGGGCCAUAGAACUGCAGGCUGAGUGAUGUUGGAGAACUGGGGAAGACUCUGAUGGCAGAAAGGAGGAAUAGAGUGUGGAGGCACCGUUUUGGGAAGACUCUAAGCCUUCGAGGAAUAGCUGGAAGAUCUGGCAUCCCUGGAAAAGAAUACGUGGAUGGGUACAAAUGGGGGAAAGCUGAGGGUGAAGAAUACUAGGACCCUAAUCCACCCCCAUGAAUGAGGAGCUUGAUACCCCUGGAGAGGGCUGGGAUGUUGGGUGGUCCUCUUGGUCCCUGAAGAGAAGGUCAAUCCCUUGCCCAUGUGUAAGCUAUUCUGACACCUAAUAGGGAAGGUGCCUGGGGUUGCUCAGAGCAUCACUUUAUGACCUCAGGACUCUCAUCAUUUACUGGGUGAGCUUGGACACCCAGGAACAUUGAGACAAGGAGGGAAAAUCAGGCCCAGUGCUCCCUCCAAUGGGGAUGGAGAGAACUAUGGAGGGACCACAUUUAGCACAGGUUCAGGCACAAGUAAAUGAAAACCCAGGAUCAACAUUGAUGUUAAUGUCAGCAUUUUUACAAUCAGCCCCACCUGGUUGAGCGCUCACUCACCUGGGCAAUGCAAAAGAUAAAGAAACCCGGAGGAAGCAUAGUGACUGGUGUUAAUGUCAAAGAACAUGGAUGCUGGAAUGCUUGCAGUCCUGUACCUUUCCUAAUUAGCAUUCUCAACAUGUGGGUCUUCUCCUCGACCGUAGUGGGGGAACCGAGGCAGCCAGAGAUUUAUCAAAGAUCACACUCAGAAGUGGGCUGUGAGUUCAUGACCAAAGACUUCUGACCAAAUUCCUUUUACUGAAACAGUGAUGAACCAGAAGCCAAGGUUCUAAUGACUCUAGAGCAGGGGUGGGAAAACUUUUUGACUCGAGAGCCACAAUGGGUUCUUAAACUGAACCGGAGGGCUGGAACAAAAGCAUGGAUGGAGUGUUUGUGUGAACUAAUAUAAAUUCAAAGUAGACAUUACAUAAAAGGGUACGGUCUUUUUUUUUUUUAGUUUUAUUCAUUUCUAACGGGCCAGAUCCAGCCCGCGGGCCGUAGUUUGCCCACGGCUGCUCUAGAGCAUGCAAUUGCAGAGAGAACAGGAGGGAAGGUGCUUGAUGUCAGUGUGGAGGGUGGGGAACUGGGUCUUUGCUGUACAAUCACCCAUAGGAGAUGAUGACAUCUGUGCUCCCUGAGACUAAGACGUAAGGGGUCAGGAAAAUCUCUGGGUCUAGACAUACCCUUUGUGAUCUCUGUAACUUCCAGCGAGAUGUUAAGACUUCCAUAUUUUAGAUUCUAUUGCUUGAGGAGCCCAUAUUCCUCUCGGGUAUUAAGGCUCAUUAGAGCAGAAUGAUGCUCAAGAUUUUAAAAAUCGGAAAAGUGAUAUUUUACAUCAGCUCUAGGUGUCAAAAUGUCUUAUUUUGUAUUUCUGCUACCUUAAAUUGAAAUAAAAUGUUAAUACCAGAAAAAAAA